AUGGGUAUUUUAGGAUUAUCGAAGUUGAUUGCAGAUAUUGCUCCAAUGGCUGUAAAAGAAACAGAGAUAAAAAAUUAUUUCGGUAGGAAAGUCGCAAUCGACGCUUCUAUGAGCUUGUAUCAAUUCUUAAUUGCUGUAAGAAGUCAAGGUGCUCAGCUAACAUCAGUUGAUGGUGAAACAACAUCACACCUAAUGGGUACCUUCUACAGAACAAUUCGUCUGAUAGAAGAUGGCAUUAAGCCAGUAUAUGUGUUUGACGGUAAACCUCCUGACAUGAAGUCACAUCAGUUGAAUAAGAGGGCCGAAAGACGAGAGGAAGCUGAGAAAGAACUGCAAAAAGCUACCGAGGCUGGUGACACUGCAUCUAUGGACAAGUUCAACCGUCGGUUAGUGAAAGUAACUCAACAGCAUGGGUCUGAAGCUCGUCAGUUGUUGAAACUGAUGGGUAUACCUGUGGUGGAGGCUCCUUGUGAGGCUGAAGCACAGUGUGCUGAAUUAGUCAAAGGUGGCAAGGUGUAUGCCGUGGCCACUGAGGAUAUGGAUGCCUUGACCUUCGGAGCCAAUGUACUGUUGAGGCACCUCACCUUCUCUGAGGCCAGGAAGAUGCCUGUACAAGAGUUCCACCUGGACCAAGUGCUGAGAGGAUUGGAAUUGGAACAGACGGAGUUCAUUGACCUCUGCAUUCUGUUGGGUUGUGAUUACUGCGGCUCUAUCAAAGGGAUCGGACCGAAACGGGCCAUUGAACUCAUCAAGCAACACCGCAGUAUAGAACAGGUUCUUCAUAAUAUCGACACAAAGAAGUACACACCGCCAGAGAAUUGGGAAUAUGAGAACGCUCGGAGACUGUUUCAGCAACCAGAAGUUACCGAGGCCAAGGAUGUUGAGUUGAAAUGGUCGGACCCAGAUGAGGAAGGUCUGGUGAAGUUCCUCUGUGGAGACAAACAGUUCAACGAAGAGCGAGUGAGGAACGGAGCCAAGAAACUGAUGAAGGCUCGCACGGGCACCACGCAGGGACGACUAGAUGGAUUCUUUAAGGUGUUAUCAACAACACCAAAUCCAAAAAGGAAAGCAGAAGAAGAUAAAAAGAGCGCCAACAAAAAAGCAAAAACACCUGGAAGAGGACGGAAACCGAAAUAA